ACCGAAACCACCCUCCAAAAAUGGCUGCACAGAAAGAAAUAUUACAUAACUAAUCCACCAUUUUCCCAACCGAUUUCACCAAAGUCUCUCUCUCUCUCUCUCUCUCACUCUCUUUCCCCUUUCUCUGUCAUUGCGUAUUCAUCCGAUGUCCCUUUUCACGCUUUUGUCUCACUAUCUACAUUAUACAACUACGCACUUGUAAUUAAAGAAAUGAGAUUAUGAUAAAUAAAGGGAUGGGAUCAAAUCAAAAUCAAAAUCCCACAAAAAAAUUGAGAGAAAAAGGUGGGUAUUAGAUAUUAUUCUUAUUGGUGGAGAUACAAGUGUGAGGUGGUGGGAAGUACUGAAUUUACAGACAAUUUUUAUGCUCUUUUUAUAUUUUCCUGAUUGUAUAUUUUGAUGAAUGAUAUGUAUAUAUCAUCAAUAUCGGAUGAACGUGGGAAUUUUUUGUUGCAGAAAAGUGCAGGGCAACAGAGAGGGAGAGAUGGGAAAAGGGGAAAAAGAAAAACAAAACCUCAUCAAUCAAUUAUGCCUUCACUUUUCUUCACAGGAAAGCCUUCAUCUUUGUUCCUCCUCUCUCUUUUGGUCCCACUCUGCCAAAUUCCUCACUUGUAUCUGAAUUGAAUUUUUGAUUAUUAUUAAAGCCUUCUCCAGUACUGCUUCUUUAACUUUCCAACCUUCGCCUUUUUUUUUCCCCCUCAGUCUUUUAUGGCUGCACCCCACUCACAUUUUGUCCAUUUUAUUAUGCGGGUCGGUGUUCUUUCUCCCUCUUUUUGGUCGGUGUAGAUAGAAAAAAUUGCCCGAACAAGAAAAGAAGAAGAACAUUUCUGGGGUUUUUUUUUUUUUUCUGGGUUUUAUUCCUUGUUGCGUGUUUACGCCUCAUUUCCUAUCUGGGUUCAUUGCCGCCUGAUUUGUAAAGACGGGAUUUUUUCAAUUGCAUUUUUUUAGGCUGUCGGUUUUGUAUUUGGAAUUCGCUCACGGCGGGUCAAUUUUUUUGAUCUUUUUGUACCUUGGGACAGCAUAUCAUUACGUGGUUUUGUCUUCUAGCGUGGAUUGUCCUGGGUGGAGAUGAUUUGCGGUUUGGCUAUGAAUUCUUAGUAAUCUAAUCAAUUAUCAAUGUGUGCAAUAUAUUGAAUCCUGGGUUUUUUACAACAGCAUCAGCAUUUGAUUCUAAGGGGUCCUUGAGGAUUUCUAUUCGGUUGCAUUAUUCCUGGCAUGGUCAAUCGCCAAUUUGGGAUCUGCUAUGAUGAUGAAAGCUGAAAUUUGGACCAGAUAGUUCCAGCUUUUCUGAAUGGGAAUGUGUCAGAUUGUGGAAGACUAAUCAUUGAUUGUUAAGAUUUGGACCACAAUCCCAGUAACUGGAUCAAGUCCGGUGCUCAGAAGUUGUUUUGAGGCUGGUAAUCUCCUUUGAAAAGUUGGCUGGACGGAGGAAUUUGUUGAUACAUUAUCUGAAGUAUUUUUAGGCUUAUAUGACCGAUAGAGUAGUCUUCUAUUUCAUUGCCUUACAGAGACCAUUGCAGCCCUUUUUGCUGACUAUGUCUGGGUUAAUUCAGUUUUGUUAGUUCGUGAUUGCCUCUUAUUGCAGGUUUCAUGAACGCAAUACUUGAAUUCUAAGAGUUUCAGUAAGUCAUGACAAAGAAAUCACAAAGACGAUCUUUGCGGCAUGAAAAGGAUCAUCCAGGUUGCAUAUCGGGAUUGAUCCAUAUCUUUGAUUUUCGCAAUGGUCGUUCCACUAGAAAGCUGCUUCCAGAUAGACGACGGGCGAAUAAGCAUGCUGUUGGUACUUGUUCCUCGCAUACCAGACCAAUGCUAACAGAUUGUGAUGAUAGAUCUCGAAAUACAGAGGAUGAUACAGAUGGUGGAAUUACAUCAACUGACGCCGUUACCACCAGUGUAAAGAAACUCAUGGAAAAUGAGAUGUGCAAUGACAGCAAUGAUCUAGAAGUUGGAACAGAGAAGGGUAGCCCUGAACAUUCGCGUGGCCGUCAAGCUAAAAGAAACAUCAGGGUUUCAAAUAAAGCCUGCAAAAGAUCUAAUGAAACCAUUGACCUUUGUGACCUGGAAGCUGAAAAAAAUUUGGGGUCUGAUAAGUCUCGCAAUCAGGUUGGCAGUAAAAAUGCUUCAGAUAGAUUUGAUGUCGAAAUAAUAAUGCAUUUGCUGCAUGAUUAUUUUGACAGACAGACAGAUCAGGUAAGUGCAGUUGACAAGGGAAAGUUAAGUGCGGCCAUUGAAAUCUUUAUUGAUCAAAGUUCAUCUGAUAGUAAGCAUUUUAUAGAAGAUGGGCAGAUCCAGCAAUCCCAAGAGUUUCAGAAUGCUUUGCAGAAAUUAAGUUCAAACAAGGAUUUGCUUUUACAACUCUUUGAAGAUCCAAAAUGCCAAUUGUCAAAGCAGGUCAAUGAUUUGGAGGGUGCCAAAUUGCGGGAGAACCUGCGUUCUAAUUCAUUACCAAGAUCUAGCUUCUCAGAAGAGAAAGCUGCUCAUUCAAAAGCAGACGAACUCACCGGCCACAAACCAAGCCGAAAAUUCUUUCGAAGGAGGAGCAAAUCUCAGGAACAUUUCCCGUCCAUCGAAACUGAGAAUUGUCAACGCUCUAGUAAGAUUGUAAUUUUGAAACCUGGACCAACUUCCUUGGUACCACAAGAUAGGGAGAAUGAUGUGCAAUCACAUGCUGGAAGGAAGAUCCAAGAAGAAAGAAGUCAGUUCUCUUUUGCUGAGUUCAAACGAAAGCUGAAGCAUGCUAUCACAAGGGAACGACAGAGCACAUCUGAGGAUGGAAUCAACCAUAAAACUCAAUUGGUGCAUCCAAAGCGACAUGAUUUGGAUAAAGGUUCAGGUGGAGAAAAUCUUGGAUGGCGCUCACCAAACAGAAAGCACUUUUAUGUUGAAAAAUUUGCAAAACCUUCAAUCUCUUCGAAGAUAGGAGACAAGAUAGCCAAGCCAAAUGGUUCUGAAGAUAUUGGCGCAACUGACAAAUCUAACCAGGCCGUGCCUGGAAAUUCUAACAUCUACCUUGAGGCCAAGAAACACCUUAUUGAGAUGCUCAACAGCAGUGACUAUAACACAGAAUUAAGGAGCCAGCAGUUACCGAAAUCCCUAGGUAGGAUCCUUUCCUAUUCCGAAUACCAAUAUUCCCCAACGUCAAACAACAGCCCUCGAAAGGUUGACGAGGAAGACGUCUCUGUAACCGUAGAAAGGUCAUCGUCACCUCAUGGUGGUAUUGAGAUUGUUAAGGAGGGUGUAGAUCAAUCUUCUCAGGAAAACCUCACUGAUCAUACAAGCUCUUUUGAGCACAGCUCAGAGAUUGAGCUAUGCUCUACUCAUAUCAGUCCCAGUGAGGAAUUUGACUCUUCGGAAGCAAAUAGAGGUUUGCCCUGUGAACAUUUUGGCACUCAGUUUGAUGAAAAAUCACUUCCUUCAUCAGGAAAUGAUACUGUAUCCAUAGGAGCUGCAGGAUUCACUGAAAAAACCAACAAUGACCUGGAUGAUAAUGAAAUCCAUCCUGGUCAAUCAUGUAGCUCUUACAGUAAGGAAGAAGGAGUUCAAUUUGGUGAUUCAGAUGGUGAACUACUCGAAGAUAGGGCGAUACCAUCUUUAGAUGUGGAAACUACUGAAGAUUGUCAAACCAUCUCUCCACCAUUAUCCCCAUCAUCAUCAAGUAGUUCAGUUGCAAUCAAAGUCGAAGAUUUGGGAGACACAAGUGAGAGAACAGAUCGACCCAGUCCUGUAUCCGUUCUUGAACCAUUGUUUGUUGAGGAUGAUAUUAGCCCUGCGAGGACUUUAUCUAAACCUGUUGCUCAAGAAAUCGAACCCCGAAAAAUACAAUUUGAAGAGUUGAAGUCUUCUGGUGACCAAGGAAUCUGUUCACAAACUUGUUUGGAGGAUGAAGAAUCUGCGUUUGAGUAUGUUGAAGCAGUUCUGCUAGGUUCUGGAUUGAACUGGGAUGACUAUUUGUUGAGGUGGCUUUCUUCAUCUUCAAUCCUUGAAUCCACAUUGUAUGAUGAAGUGGAGCUCUUUUCGAGCCGUUCUCGUGAUGAGCAAAAGUUACUCUUCGAUUGUAUCAAUGAAGUCCUUGAGGAGGUUUGUGACUACUAUUUCGGGUCUUUUCCCUUAUCAUGGCAUGCUAAGCAGAAUAUUCGUCCAGUCCCUAUGAGAAUGAACCUUAUCCACGAGAUUUGGGAAGGAGUCGAGUGGCACCUUUUGCAGUAUCCGUCACCUCAGUCUUUGGAUCAGCUUCUGAAAAAGGACAUGGCGAAGUCCAGAACCUGGAUGAACCUUCGAUUAGACUUCCAGCACAUUGGUGAAGAGGUGGAAGACAUCAUUGUAGAUGAUUUAAUCGAAGACAUUAUAUCAACUUUCAUCUCAGAUGCUCCGCCAACUGACCUGGCAUCCUAAUCUUCUCACUGAAGUUUGUGGCAUUGACUAGUCACGUAUAAUUAGCAGUAAUUAAAGGAAGCUAAUCUUGAAGCCCUAGAGGAAGUGAAAGUCUUCAGCCUUAGUUUCUUCCUCUAGCUUUGACAAGUGAUCAGAUGGAGGCUCAGGACAGUACUUUCUUAGCAGGUAACUGGGGAGCGUUUUAAGGCUACCAACCAUGUGUUACGUCAACACAACAUAUGGAGCUCUGCAUCUCAAACAUACAAAAAUAAAGGAUCGAAAGGGAUCAUUGAUAUUCCCUUUCAGUUCCAAGUUCAACAGACGGCGAAAGUGGUUCGCUGGAUCUAAUUUGAUAAUACAGAAGAUAAAAAAUCUCAGCGUAGAGUUGUAAAGAUUGGUGUGCUUUUCAGGAGUGGUGUGUAUCUAUUAAGUUGUGUGCAAAUUUCUUUUCUUUGGUGUUUCAAGUUUUCUUGUGGAGUGUUGUUGGCCCUUGAGUUUGAGGUUGUGAUAACAAUUACAGGGGCAUAGAGAAGUAGCUAAUGAACAGAAGAUAGGAAACAUUCAUAUUAGUUACAACUUACAACUUCUUUUGUACAGUUUGACAGGUUUUAUCUUCUGAAGUUAGAAAGAAAAAGGUUUUGAAGGAGCAAAGAGAUUCUGAACUUGAAUUGCCUCAUCUCUGGACGGUUAAUGAUCAGAACAGCUUCCAUCUAAUUUCUGCAUUUCUUCAGAUAAUAUGUUUUUGCUGGACAUUAAGUUGAGACUGUUUUCGAAUUUCCUAUUUUGGACUCUGGCAAGCUGGGUAGGCCGGCCCAUUAAUACGACGGAACCUUUUCGAGCUAUUUGAAGUGAGAAAUUUGUUCGGGCCUGGGAAAAGGGUGCCUUUGUUGGAUUGGAUUUGGAUCUGACAAACCGACCUAAUCUAAUAAUCUAUGAAAAAUAAUUUUAUCCGGCCUGCAGGAAUUGAACCUGCGACCUCGGGGAUUUUAUUAGUACUCGCACACAUGGGUUUUUUAGUAGUAGUUCCCUUCUACACCCCGCGCUCUACCGCUGAGCUAAGGCCGGUGAUUUGAUUUAUCCUAAUCAAAUAAUAAUUUUAUAGGUUAAAAGGCUUUAUACACUGCCCUUUUGCCCUCCAAAUCCUAUCGAAUCAAAAGCUGCGACUCCUGUGUUCCAACGCCCAAGAGAAGGUCUCCAUAUAGAAGUAGUAUAGUUUGUAACUUUGUUAUCGUGUUUUCUGAUUGGUGAGCAAGAUUGUCUAUUGCAAAAAUA